AUGGCCACAAAUAUUAUUUGUAAUCUACUGGGAGCGUUACUUUCCUUUCUAGCAAUUCAUGCCUUCGCAGUUCAGUCAAUUCCAAAGGAAGAGGGAAAGACAAUAGGGCUCGACGAGCUUAGAAGCUACCUGGGGACCUUCGGAUACCUAACCGACAGUGUUCCAAAAAACUCCAGAAAUUUUAUCAGCAGCUUUGAGGUUGAUGAGGUUUUGGAAACUGCACUGAAAAAAUUUCAAAAAACAUAUCAUCUGAAUGUCACAGGAAAGCUUGAUUCCGGUACGGUUGACCUAAUAAGCACUCCGAGGUGUGGUGUGUCUGAUAAUUUUGUCAACCUAAAUGCAACGGAACAACGUACACAUGGUGUUCGUACGGGUUCUCAUUACACAGUCUUCGAAGGAAACAGGAAAUGGCCACCUACAAAGCGUAAUCUUACCUACAAAUUCAACGCCGGAGCCAAAAAUCCCGCUGCGCUAUAUGCAUUAUCGAUGGCAUGUCGGCAAGCAUUUGAUCUAUGGGCUGAAGUUACCAACUUUACGUUUCAACAGGUAGUGCCGAGUUCACCAGCUGACAUUUUGAUUAGCUUUCAACGCCGCGAUCAUGGAGAUGGGAGCCCAUUUGACGGGGCCGGUAAGGUUUUGGCGCAUGCUUUUGCUCCCACGGAUGGAAGGCUGCACUUGGAUGCAGAUGAGAAUUGGAGCUUCAGGCCUCCAAGUAAGAACCAGUACGACCUGGUGUGGGUGGCUACGCACGAAUUAGGGCAUGUUCUUGGACUUCAGCACAGUACAUUGUCAGAUGCCAUUAUGUACGCCUACGUUGGUGCUGGGAAGACUAGAAGGGCGUUGCACAGUGAUGAUAUUGCAGGGAUAAAAGCUUUGUACCAACUGCAGCCGUAG